AUGUCUUCAACCAAAAAAGAAUAUAAGAAACCCCAAAAAUAUGUUCCUGGGAUUAAUGAUCCCAUACUGCCUCCACAAUUGGCCGAAUUUCAAGACAAAAGCACUGAUGAGGUGCUUACCGAGUUAAACAGAAUGCCCUUUUUUAUGACUAAGUUGGAUAAUUCUGAUGGUGAUGGUGGUGAAAAUGUCGAACUUGAAGCUUUGAAAGCACUAGCAUAUGAAGGUGAACCACAUGAAAUUGCAGAAAACUUUAAAAAACAAGGUAACGAUCUAUACAAAGUUAAGAGAUUUCGUGACGCCAGAGAGCUAUACAGCAAAGGUAUUGAUGUUAAAUGUCAAGUAAACACCAUUAAUGAAUCUCUUUAUGCAAAUAGAGCUGCCUGUGAACUAGAAAUAAAAAACUACCGUCGCUGCAUCAAUGACUGUAAACAGGCACUACAACUGAAUCCCAAAAAUAUUAAAUGUUACUAUAGAAUUGCCAAAGCCUUUACUGCGCUCGAAAGAUUAGAUGAAGCUUUAGAGUCAAUCGAGUUUGGCGAAAAAAUUGAUAAUACCAACAAAUCCCUCAAGACUUUGAAACUUCAUAUUGAAACCAAACAAUUAGAAAUUGAGGCAAGAAGACUAAAACUUGAAAAUGAAAAGAAAGAAAGGGAAAACUAUCAAUUUAUUCUAAACAGUGCUAUUGAAUUGCGGAAUAUCACAAAUAUAAAAACCUCCAAACCGGCAGAACUUCUUCGAGAAGCUAGUAUUAAGCUGGAAAACCCACUCGAAUUAGAAUCUCAACUAAUCAUCCCGGCUGUUGUUCUAUUCCCGCUGUCUGACGAGUUUGACUUUAUUGCUGAGGUUGGAGAACUUUCAACUGUACAGGAUGUUAUAGAUAUUUUAAUGGAAAGGCCUCCAGAGUGGUUUGAAAGACCAGAACACAAGGGUUAUUCCUCAAAAUCUCUACUGGCUUUUAUGGAAACCGAAGGUGGUGGCCUUGUUAAAGCUGGUAAGAAAUUAACAUUCCAUGACAUUUUAAGGAAAGAAAAACCAAAUGUCCCUCUAUUCGAUUCUGCAUUAAAGGUCUUUUUAGUUCCAAAAGACCAGAGCGACGACUGGCUUUCUAAAUGGGAUAAGGAAAAAGCACUAGCUCGCCGUUAG